AUGGAAAAUGAUGACGCGAUAAAAUCGGAUCCAAAUUCUCAAUUGAAAAAUCGAGAACCUUUUGCUGUAGGUGAUGAUUACGACAUAUUGGAAAAUGGAGAAUCUUUGGCUGUAAGUGACGAUUACGACAUAUUGGAAAAUGGAGACAUAAUAGAAUGGGUUCCAUAUUCUCAAUUGAAAAAUAGAGAACUUUUGGCUGUAGGUGGAUUUGGCAGGGUAGAAAAGGCGUGCUGGAGCUCCGAACCAUCUGACAGACCAACUAUGACUGAAAUUGUGGAUCAAUUUUCCAAAUGGUUUUUUGACAUGGAUGAUAUAAAUGAUUUUUAUAAUUCCGAGGAACUUCGAAAACGUUUAAUGGAAGAACCGCAGCAAAGUUCCUAUAUAGUAAAACACUCUGAAGCGUUCUAUACAAGUAGAUCAUUAGAAG